AUGACGACGGAGAGCGGUGUGAAUCGUCGCCGAGGCCAAGCGGCCAACAAGCGAGUACUGAUCAAUCCACAGGGCUUGUUGCUGGUCAUCCUGGUGGCGGGUGGAGUGUUGACGGCUCUCGUGGGCAGUACCGCAUUUUCCAAGAUUUCAGACGACCAUUCUCUCGGUCCUUCUUCCACAGUCGCAACUACGACAACAACCACACCCAAAGGCACUUCCUUGGUAGACUGUACCGUCCAGACUCCUAUCAACAAUGGAACGAGUACCACAACCGGUGUCAUGCACAUUACCGUACGUCAUGACUUGUCCCCCAGUGCUUCCAACAUUUUUAUCAAACUCGUCGAAGCACGUCAUUUCGACGGAGUCUUUGUCUUUCGAGUCCUCAAGCAUUUUGUCGCUCAAUUUGGAGUCCGACAUGAAGGUAUGGAAACACUUCCUGCAAUGGACCCCAAACCAACGGUGAAAGACAAGGAUGACGUUCACGAUCAAACACUGUCCAAUGUACGUGGCACACUCUCCUUUGCCGGAGGAAAUCCGGGCACCACCCAAGUUUUUGUCAAUUUGGGAGACAAUACACGCCUCGACAAGGAAAACAGUCGACCCUUUGCCACAGUCGACGACCAGGCCAUGAUGCAGAUCCUCGAUCAACUCUACACGGGAUACAAGGAUGGCAUGGGACAAGUCAAAACCAUGAAAUUGGGGGAGUCCGCCAUGAAACAACAAUUCCCAAACAUGAGCCAAAUACAACAGUGUCGCGUGGUAAUCAAAGCAGAAACAGUCAUAACAACAAGCACAACAACUGCAAGGAUCAAGGCAUGA